AUGUCGGACGCGCGGGGCGGUGGGCGCGUGGCCCCUCCCCUCAGCGGGCGCGCGGCGGCAGCGGCGGCGGGAGGGGGAGGAGGCGGCGGCGGCGGCGAGGAGGCGGUGCCUGUGUCGGCGCUGGAGGUUGUGUCCUUCCUGGGGAAGCUGCUGUGCGCAGUCGCGGUGCUGAAGGCGGCUCUGUACCUGCUCCGCAGAGCGUGUCUAGCGAUGGCCUGGAAGUCGGGAGGCGCCAGCCACUCCGAGCUCAUCCACAAUCUCCGCAAAAAUGGGAUAAUCAAAUCAGACAAGGUGUUUGAGGUGAUGCUGGCUACAGACCGUUGCCACUACGCAAAAUACAACCCUUACAUGGAUUCUCCACAGUCUAUAGGUUUCCAAGCAACAAUCAGUGCUCCACAUAUGCAUGCAUAUGCUCUUGAACUUCUGUCUGAUCAGUUACAUGAAGGAGCCAAAGCACUUGAUGUAGGAUCUGGAAGUGGAAUCCUUACAGCAUGCUUCUCACGAAUGGUGGGUCCCAAAGGACAAGUUGUAGGAAUUGAUCAUAUCAAAGAACUAGUAGAUGACUCAAUAAAUAAUGUCAAAAAAGAUGAUCCCACAUUGCUGUCUUCAGGAAGAGUGAAACUGAUUGUGGGAGAUGGAAGAAUGGGAUAUGCAGAAGAAGCUCCCUAUGAUGCGAUUCAUGUAGGAGCAGCAGCACCAGUUGUGCCCCAAGCACUUAUAGAUCAGUUAAAACCUGGCGGAAGAUUGAUAUUGCCAGUUGGCCCUGCAGGGGGAAACCAGAUGCUCGAACAGUAUGACAAACUAGAAGAUGGCAGUGUCAAAAUGAAGCCUCUGAUGGGAGUGAUAUAUGUGCCUUUAACAGAUAAAGAGAAGCAGUGGUCCAGGUGGAAGUGAUUUUCUGUUCCACUUACUUCUUCCACACACACACAAGGGAUGAAUUGUAAAAGCUACAUCAUCUUGACCCAAACAUAGUGUUACAGUGGACUGCUCAUCUCCAGUUCUAAAAGCUUUUUGAAAACCAACAGCAUUGCAGCUUGUUUUGGACUUCAUUCUACUGUUAUCAGCAUGGAAAAGCGUGGUGUUUGUUUUAUUUUUUUAGCUGCUCAAGGCAAAUCCGACACAGAAAUGGUGGAAAGUUUUACUGGGCACUGUUUUAUUUAACAUGCCUUUAUUUUACUUUCAUCUGUUCAAAGUGAAUUUCUGCAAAACUGCAGAUCAAGACCUACAGCUUGUGAACUCUAAUUUUGAAGGGGGUACUUGAACACUCACUUUUCUUGGCUCCUGUGUCCCUUGAUAAAACUGCUUCUGUGCACCUUACAACACUACGUAGGCAAUACCAGGUUUUCCGUCUUCCAGUGUCUGCUAGAUGCUACUAAAAGGAGAUGAACUUCCUUUUUAAGCUUUUGACAUGGUGUCAUAGACUAGCAUGUAGUAGAUACAAUCAGCUGCUUUAUUACCUUAAAACCAGGCAUUUGUAUAUAUAUUAAACUUCACAAUAUCAGAGGUGGGUGGCCACUCUUAUCAAACAUGGCUGUUCAAGUUGGACACAACAGGUGCAUUGUAAUCCUUCUAAAAUUAAUCAGUGGAGUCUUGAAAUUCUGGUUUAGUUUAUAGCUCACCACUGGUGAGAUACACAUGGACUUAACACUGUAGAUAUGAGGUAAGCCGUGUCCCAAUCACUGACCAGUUUAUGCAAUGCUGCUUUGCCAAAUAAAGCUAAAAGCAAGAGGGAGGUUGUGUGCUUGUGUGGAAGACUAGGAUCAGUAUGUAGUAGAAUACCGAGAUAGGGAUUGCUAGAUUCUUUAUUAAAACACCAAACCAACUCCAGUUUGGUCCUAAAAGAAAGUUGCUUUUGGCAAAGCCAUUUGCUCUGUUAAUGUUCUCAUUUUUCAACUGUGAGCACCCAGGAAAAAUUCUGACUUUUUAGAAGAUGAAUUUUAAUUGCCAUACAAGGAAAACAUGAUACAUGCAGGAGGAACAAUGAAUCCUGGACUCAUAAGUACAGAUAGAGAGGCAAUUGUUCACUUUUGGAAGACUAUAAACUUCUUUCUGCCUCAAGUUUUCUGUUUCGGUGCGGUAACUGUCAACAGCAAGUGGCAAAGCAGUACCAUAAGGUGGGCUGCUCUGGGAAAGGGGGGAGUGGAUCUUGAGUCAUCCUCUCAGAUUUGAGCAACCAGGAAUUAAAGUGAACAGCAUGUUGUCAUUAUUUUCUUUUUUAAUAGUAGAAAGGAUUAUAGACUAAAAUAACUUGCAUAAAAGAACCCAUAGUGAUCACUGCAAAAAUAUAUUGGCUUGUUGUGGUGGAACAGCAACGAUUUUGUAACAGGAUUAAUCCCUGAAAGCAUAAAGGUUGAAAUUCAAAGGCCUCUGAAUAUGAAAGAGGAACAUUUUAAAUAACCUACCUUUUGAAGGCAGAUCCCAUCCUAUUGCUGUGUAAAAGAUACGUAUCAAUUUAUUUAGAUGUUUGGAAGUUAAUGGACCACCUCCUGACCCAACAGCAGCCUGGGAGCACGUGCACGAGGUUAAUCUUGCAAAGGAAUUAAUAUAGUGUGUAUUCUAGACAAUACAAUUCAAUUCAGAAAACCCCACUUGCGUCUGACAAAAUUGUACUAACCCACAAUCAACUGUGAAUCUAGUUCUUGGUGUUGAAGUGAAGUAUCUUAAAUGAUGCAUGCUAAUGUUCAACCUUUUGGUCACUGUAUCACUCGGUUUGAGUUCAGCUUUAUUUACAUCUCCUCACUAAUCAGUUAAAUGAAAGGUAUGAGCUCAACUGUAUCCAAAUUCUUGUAUCUGGAUGCAGUGUGAUAAGCUAGCCUACCCUUGGAAGAGGUGAUACAGCUGAGACCUGGCAACAGCUUCUUGAGAGAGAACCACUUCAGGGACCAAGGCUGUUGGGAUUAGUGUGGCCCUUCCACUGGAGGGGAUGCUGAUAGUCAAGGUACUUGGACAGAAAAGGAUUAUCCAGGAGUAACAUUUAGGACCUGGAGAAUGAAAGCCCCUUCAUGAUGGAGCAAUGGUUCUGAAGUAAAAACUUGGAGGACAAACUGAAAUGCAGAAGAUUUGAAAAGCUUGAAUAAAUGCUGUGUGAACUGUCUGAAUUGCUACUUUGCCAAAUAAAACAAACUGAGAGGAAGCUGUA